UCCUCUUUCUCCAUCCUAGCCACAACUAAAGUGUCGUUGAUCCAGCACUUACUUGACACCCUUCUGCUCAUUACUCUAGUCAAACCAGUCAAUAUGUUCUUCUCCAAGCUUGCCUUUGCUCUUUCCACCUUUAUCGGGCUGGCGGCCAUCCAGGGCUCGUACGGCCAACCCACCGGCGCCGUCGCCGCCGUCGCCGCCGUUCCUCCCGCUCCUCCCGGCCUCAGCUUCUUAUACUCCCUUAACUGCACCCUCGGCACACAGAUCCCCGUUGGCACCGGUCCGCGCGGCACGAGGAUUGUGAUUCCUAUUGUUGGGGGGACUUUUCAGGGUCCUAAGUUGAAGGGCAAGAUCCUCAACCUCGGAGCCGACUGGGCCCUCUCCAGCACCAGCACCAGCGGUGCCGAAAGCACGGUCAACGUCGACACGCGCUACCAGCUUGUUACGGACGACGGCGCCAAUAUUUUUAUUCAGACUCGGGGCAUGCUGCCUUCCCAGACACGUGGGAAUCGGUCGACCAAGUCAUCCAGUUGAAAGUUGAAAGUGUAGUGACGCCCGUUCUGGGAAGGAGCCAACCAUGAACCCACCAUGAUGAGGUAUCCCUUCCUUGGGAAGGAACGAACACUAAUGUUCCUUCCUUAGGAAGGAUGGAAAACUCUGCUGCUACUGCUAUUGGAUGUUCUCUCUGAUUUGGUUCCUCUUCUCUCAAUAGUUGUCCGGGGGUCCCUACCAAUCUAUUAACCGAUGCGAUAGUAACGACUAGGGCAAAGGCAACUAUUAUAGUAGUAAGAAGUAACGUUGAGGAUGACUAAGGAGAAGAAUGGAGCGAGGACGAAAACGACUAAACGCUACUAAAUUUAACGUUCGG